AGUCGCCAUUUGUUCGGAGUGAGAGGAGUGUCGGUGCUUUGCCGUUUAGCUGCUCGCUGCGCCAGUGCGAGACGUAGCCUCGAGCGCGCCUUCCCCGCUGUUAAUGUCACGAGCUGCGCACGGGAGACUGUCUGAGAAAAGGGCACGCAAUUUGUCCUGAGUGGCUAAGCUAGGCUAAGCUAAGCUAACAGUGAGGCGGUCGCUUCAGCCCGCGGCGAGUUCGUCUGAAAGUUCCUCUUAAAGUUCCUCUAAAGUCGUUUAAUCUCUACGAUGAUCAUUGAGGACCUCGAUGCCUUGAAGACGUGGCUCUCCAAAACCCUCGAACCGAUAUGUGACGCGGACCCCUCCGCCCUCGCGAAGUACGUGGUCGCCCUGGUGAAGAAGGACAAGUCGGACGCGGAGUUGCGUGCGCUGUGCGUGGACCAGCUGGACGUCUUCCUGCAGAAAGAGACCCAGACGUUUGUGGAUAAACUGUUUGACGCAGUGAACACACACAGUUACCUGCCUCAGUGUGAAGCUCAGUCCUGCUCCCUGGACCGGGCUGACGGCCACCCGCGGCUGGACGAGCAGAAGAAGGAUGAGCUGCUUGGCCGAGAUGAGGACAGAGAGAAGAAGUUCUCCAGACGUGUUAACCAUAGUCCCCAGCCGAGCUCCCGCUAUGGCCGAGACAACAGGAGAGGGGAUGACCGUAAGAAAGACGAGCGCUCCAGGAAGAGGGAAUAUGACCGGAAUCCUCCCCGCCGGGACUCAUAUCGGGACCGCUACAACCGGCGCCGUGGGCGGAGCCGCAGCCGCAGCUGGAGUAAAGACCGUGCCCGAGAGCGGGACCGAGAGCGGGACCGGGACCGGGACCGGGACAGGGACAGGGAGCGGGACAGAGACCGGGAUCUCAGCAGAACACGAUCCCGUACUCGCUCACGCACCAGGAGUAGAGAGAGGGAUUCUGGGAAAUCGAAGUAUGACCAGGAGCGUCCUGAUCGACAGGAAGGAGGAGCCAGUGAGAAUUAUGUGGCUCCGCCCCUAGCCACAGGCCCCGCCUCCACACACUUCCCUGUGCCAGCUCUCAGUAGUACUAUCACAGUGAUCGCCCCUACUCACCAUGGCAACAGCACCACAGAGAGCUGGUCUGACUUCCACCCAGACCAUGCCCCCUACGGGAGAGCUGCCCCGCCUCCUCCUCGCAAACGUUGUCGUGACUACGAUGAGAAAGGCUUCUGCAUGCGGGGUGACCUGUGCCCUUUCGACCACGGCAGUGACCCCGUGGUGGUGGAGGAUGUCAACCUUCCCGGCAUGCUCCCCUACCAGGCUCCGCCCCUCCCUGUGGUGGACGGCCCCCCUGCUCCGGGACUGCCCCCCCCUCCCGCCCUCCUCACACCCCCACCGGUCAACCUGCGGCCGCCUGUGCCCCCAGGUGCCAUGCCCCCCAGCCUCCCACCUGUGGCAGGUCCUCCUCCUCGUCUUCCAGCCCUGCAGCCAUCGAGAAUGGACACGCCCCCCUGCUCUGUCACAAGCUCUGUGCCUGCCAUUGUGACGUCUGGGCUCCGCCCCCCACUAACCCAGCCUCCACCACACCUGGUCACGUCAGGGCUCCGCCCACCCUUAGCCCAUCCCCCUCCCCCACUCUACACUUCAGAUGUGUUUGAGCCAGAUGUGUAUAACCCAGAGGCUCCUAGUAUGAACCCCAGACCUGUGUACAGACACCGUGGCAACGUUCAGAGGCCCAACCUCAUUGGCCUGACCAUGGGCGAGAUGGACGUUCCUCCACGAGACAAAUCGCUGAAUAAUAACAACAGUGUGAGGAUUGUAGUGGAGUCGGAGUCCAGGAAGAGAGGUCCUGGACCCCCUGACAGCAACAUAGUGCCGAAGAAGCCCUGGUUUGAGAAACACACCUUCAACAAGCCGAACCAUCACGGCUACCAGAAGAAGUCUGUGUUCUCCUCAGCCAACACUAAACUGGCCAUACGACAGAUACCCCCAGACCUGAACACCAUUAGCAAGCUCAAUGAGUACUUCAGCAAGUUUGGCACUAUAGUCAACCUGCAGGUUGCCUAUAACAACGACCCAGAGGGGGCGCUGAUCCAGUUUGCAUCUCCUGAGGAAGCAAGGAGGGCCAUUCACAGUCCUGAGGCCGUGCUGAACAACCGCUUUAUAAGAGUGUACUGGCACAGAGAGGAGGUGACACACACACACACACACACACACACACACACACACACACACACAGAGAGGCGGUGUGUGACGUGUGUUCCUGUGCUCCAGUGUGUACCGGUGUCCCCGUCCCUUGCCGUGGUCAGUGUGAAACAGUCUGUGAAGGAGCGUCUGGGUCCUCUGCCCCCCAGCAGUCCUGCUGAUCCCCCCGCUCAGUCUUCUCUGAACGUGGGCAGGUCCUCAGUGAAGGCGCGUCUUGGCUUCUCCAAACCAGCGCCCCCUGCUGGAAAGGUCUUCUCCACCUCAACUGGACUCACGAAGACCUUCUAUAACCCAGCGGCGCUGAAGGCCGGCCAAAAGGGGGCGCUGUUUGGGCUGGCAACCAGCACUGAGGAGACGCUGAAGAAGAAACAGGAGGCGCUGAAACUCCAGCAGGACGUGAGGAAAAAGAAGCAGGAGAUUCUGGAGAAACACAUCGAGACUCAGAAAUUGCUGAUCUCUAAGUUGGAGAAGAAUAAGUGUGUGAAGGCAGAGGACAAGGCCCAGCUCAUGAGCACACUCACCACACUGACCACCAGCAUCAACAAACUGCAAGAGGAGCUGAGAGGAUACACACACACCCCGCACAUGUGUGUCAGAACCAAGGCCCAGGCGCAGAAGGAGCUGCUAGACACAGAGCUGGACCUGUAUAAGAAGACUCAGGCAGGCGAGGACACUGCUCAGCUCAAACUGAGAUACACACAGCUUCAGCUCGAGGCUGCCAAAAGGGGUCUUCUGAACCCCGGCCGAGGGAGGGGGACCCAUCCGAGGGGUCGAGGGUCGCUGCGGGGCCGGGGCCGGGGCGUUCGAGGGCGGCCCAGGGGGGGCCCUGCCAACGUGGUGGUGGACCACCGGCCCCGGGCCCUGGUGGUCAGUGGCUUCACCGAGGCGGAGCGGGUCGACCUGGUGCCGCACUUCGCUCAAUUUGGGGAGAUUGAAGACUGUCAGAUGGAGGAUUCCAGUCUCACCGCGGUCAUCACCUACAGGACGCGUGUGGAAGCAGAGCAGGCAGCCCUCCACGGCUCUCGUCUGAACCAGCAGGAGCUGCUCCUGUCGUGGCACCGUCCCUGCGCCUCGCUCGUCACGGCCGACCCUGACGACGUGGAGCACGAGGAAGAUGAGUUCCUGGAGGACUCUCUCGUGGACAACGCUCUUCUGCAGGAUGACGACGAUGAGGAUGAUGAUGAUGAAUCCCGCUCCUGGCGCAGAUGAAGAUGUCUACGGCCUGGCAACGCCCCCAGCGUGGCUUUAUUUUCCUUUUUUAAGCUUGUUUGCCAUCAGUAAGCUUUCAUGUUUUAUUUCUCACUUUAACAGUAACUGUCUGUCGCUUCCUCACUCUGUGUGGUUCACCAUGCAGUAAAACGUGUGUGCGUGUGCACGCGUGCGGGGUUUGUUUGUUUGUUUUUCUUAUUUCCAUUAUGUAAAAACUUGCUGAUUAACUUUGUGAAAACCUUGUUUUGUUUUCUUGGUUUUUUGUGACCUAGAGAACUUUGUGAAUCAUGUCAGAUCCGAUGAGUCCAGACAGAGUUUUGGUUUGAGUACACAGUGGUGUCGGUCGUGUGUUACAUGUAGUGUCCUCACGUUCACAGAUCUUUGCUUUUGUGUAUAUAUUUUAUGAAUUUUAAUGAUUUGCCUGAUUGCUUUGCUUCUUUAAUUUGAGAUGUAAAAAAAAAAUAAAGAAUUGAAGUGGUCUGGAAAAAAAUCAGCUAAAAAACAAAAGGAAAAAAGAAAAAAAACCAAGAAAGAUGAGAGCUGCUUGUGCAGCAACGACCGAAAAAACGCCUGAAAAAUAAACCUGAAAAAAUAAAGACCAUUUCAACCCCCCUCCCCCCCUCCUCACAAAAAGAGCAUUUUUCCAACAUUCCCUUCCCUGCUCUGAACCGGAGCACGUAAGUAUCCGACACAGGACUUCACACCAAGGUAAGACAAUCGCAAAUGUUCAUUUCCCAAUAUUUUAUUUAGUUUUGAAUUGCAUGGGCUGAAGUUCUGUUUUUCCUGGGGUCAACUUUAUUUUCUUGUAAUUUUCUUUUUCUUGUGGUUUUCAGGCUGAGCUGGGACACCACGACGUCGUGUUUACCGCUGUAGUUUCAAAACCUUUUGUAGUGAAAGUUUGUCCUGUUUCUCAAUCAUAAAGUGUUUAUUUCUCA